CCAGAUCCUCACGCCGGACACUAUCACAGCCAUCCAGCCCGUCGACUAACCCGCAGUGUCAAGGUAUGCGAUCACGACCUCAUCGAUCAAGCAUCCAGAAGUACUGACAUAUUUUAUCAAGAUGGUUUCCGCCAAGAAGCACGUCCCCAUCGUGAAGAAGCGCACGAAGCGCUUCGAACGUCACCAGAGUGACCGGUUCAAGUGCGUGGACCCCAGCUGGCGCAAGCCCAAGGGUAUCGACAGCCGUGUCCGACGACGCUUCCGCGGCACCAUUGCCAUGCCCUCUAUCGGCUAUGGCUCCAACAAGAAGACCCGCUUCCUGACCCCCUCCGGCCACAAGGCCUUCCUCGUCAGCAACGUCAACGACGUUGAGCUUCUCCUCAUGCACAACCGAACCCACGCUGCCGAGAUCGCCCACAACGUCUCGUCGAGGAAGCGAAUUGACAUCAUCGCCCGCGCGAAGCAACUAGGCGUCAAGGUCACGAACCCCAAGGCGAAGGUCACCACCGAGGUUUAA